CGGCUGAAAGGAGGGGUUGCCACGUUGCUACAGUUUGUGUAUGCAGCUGUACCCGGCAACCGCGCUCCUGGUCAGAGACAGAGUGUGUCCCAAGAGACUCGUUAAAAGCGGAAACAUAUGGAAUACAGUAGAUGCAGAUCAGCCCAAAAUGCUAACCGAUAUAAUUAUGGCGGAGGAAUUUGAGGUCAAAGAAGAUGGACCGUGGUACGACAGGCGCGAUCUUGAACAUGAUCUGCGUCUGGCUGCGGAGCUGGGAAAGACGCUUCUGGAGCGAAACCACGAGCUGGAGGAGGGGCUUCAACACAUGUAUUCCACCAGUCAGGAGCAGCAGCAGGAGAUCGAGUACCUGGCCAAACAGGUGGAGCUCCUGCGGCAGGUGAACGAGCAGCACGCCAAGGUGUACGAGCAGCUGGACGAGGCGGCCCGGGACCUGGAGCUCGGCAACCAGAAGCUCCUGCAGGACAAGCGUAGCGCCCAGCACCGGAUACACAGGCUGACAGAUACCAUAGAUGGGCUGCAGGUUCACCUGGAGGAGCUACAAAAGCAGGUGGAGGAGCUGCAGGUGUCCCCAUUGCACCACCCCAGUCCAGCACGGGUGGAGCAGAAACGCCUGGCCACGCAGAGCAUGUGCUGCCUGACACAACUGUACCGCACACACCUGCCGAGGUGUGGGGUGCACGACAGCAGCCUUGACGAUGACACCUGGUUGUCGAGGGAGACGAGCCUGACAGACGAGAACAGCACCCUGCAGCGUUCCAUACGCACCCUACGGUCACAGCUGGGGGCGGAGCGGGCGUGGCGCGAGGAGGUGGAGCAGGAGGCGGAGUCAGCAGCGCAAGAGAACGCCGAGCUGGAGCGACAGGUCGCCGAGCUGGAGGCCGCUUGCGGCCGGGAGCAGGUCCAGGCGCUGGAGGCGGAGCUAGAGGAGCUGCGGCAGCACUGGCGUGCCGAAGCAGGCGGGGCCGGGAAGGCCGGCAACCCGGCGGAGGACGCGCUGUUUGUACCGCUGGAGGAAGAGGCGGAGCCUGCGGAGGACGCGGGGGCCGAGGAGGAGGUCGGGCCGAGCGGGGGCGCCCGCGUCCCGGAGGGCGUUCUCCGGAGCUCGAGCGCGGAGGAGAUCCGCAGGGGUCAUGACCUCACCUGCAUCCGCCGUGCGCAGGCCGCCAAGCGCCGCGGCGUGUCGCUGCUCAGCGAGGUCGACGCCCAAUACAGCGCCCUGCAGGUGCGCUACGAGGAGCUCCUCCGGCACUGUCAGCAGGGGCCGGAUGGGCGGAGCCACAAGGCAGUGCAGACCCGAGACCACUCCGCUGCAGUCACGCCUACCCAGUUCCCCUGCCUGGAUGACGACUCCCAGCCGCCUGAGUACAGAGCUCUGUUCCAAGAGAUCUUCACCUGCAUCCAGAGGACCCGACAGGACCUGAGUCAGGCACAGUGACUGGUCCACAGUGUCUCUCACAGUGACCAUUCUACAGUGACUGUCUCACAGUGACCGUUCCACAGUGUCUCUCACAGUGACCAUUCUACAGUGACUGUCUCACAGUGACUGGUCCACAGUGUCUCUCACAGUGACCAUUCUACAGUGACUGUCUCACAGUGACCGUUCCACAGUGUCUCUCAGAGUGACCGUUCCACAGUGUUUGUCUCACAGUGACAGUUUCACAGUUAUGGUCCUGAGAGUGUGUCACUGUUUUCUUGGCUGCAAUUGAUCAGUGUUAAAAACAACAGUGAGCGACACCCCCAUUGUAAAUGCAGUAUCUCCGUCUCACCUGUAGAUGCCAACGCAGCUGUGGGUUGUUGUGAAGGCUUUGAGUCUAUGGAAGGCAAACUUAGGCUUAGGGUCCCCAACAUCUCUCCUUUCUGAGAGACCGGACUGAACCGGUCUGCACCCUGGACCCCACCCUGAAUGUGACCGCACCACCACCAUCCCCAGUCUCCCCCAGUAAUAACACCCCCUCCCCUUCCCUCCCCGACUCUUGCGUGCUGCUUAGUAGUGUUUAAACGUCUUCAUUACUAUAGCGGUGCCUAGCCGUUUCAUUUAUGCUAAUCUGCCUGUGCCAGUCCGUGUACUGCUUCAGGUCACAUGGUCACAUGGGGAACCAGUGGCAUUUAUUAGAUGCAAAUUCUUGAGGUGUUUAGUGCCGUUUGUAACUGUAAGAGCAUUAACAUGAAGUACAGAAUGUAGCUGUGACAACAUUACUCUAGAUAAUCUGGUUAAUACUCCAGAUAAUAUCGUAUGCGAUAGACAAGUAGUUGUAGCGUGUCUGGGUAGCGGUGUAGCAUGAUGAUUAGGGAACUGGCCUUAUAACUUUUUGACUCCCAGAUGAGGCACUGCCAGUGUACUCUUGAGCAAGGUGCUUAAACUGAAUUCAGUAAUUCUGCUUCAGUAAAUAUCAAAUAUCCAUUUGUAUAAAUGGAUUGCAUGUAAAGAAUGUAAGUUAUGCAAGUCACUCUGGAUGUGAGUGUCUGUUAGAUGCCUAAAAAGUAAAUGCCUUCUUGUGCAGCACUGACCGGUCUCUAAGGCCGUGGGCUGGGCUGUUAUUAACUGUGUUUUCAGUGCAGCUGGAGCAGACACGCACCACACCCACGCUGUUACGCACUUUAGGCUAAUAUCAGCUGUCUUUUUGGGUGUGCGCUUUAUUUAUUUUUUGUGUACCUGCCCUCUUUAAUGAUUUACCAAUGUAGUUUAUGUUCCCAUUCACUAAUGUGAUGUAAAUGUAGCUAGCGCAAUUGAGAUGAGCUGUGUUAAUUUGCAGGUCUGAAUAAGUGUUACGUUUAUUUUUGUGCACUUCAUGUUGCGAAACCUGCCAAUUUGCAGAGGUGUGUAACGAGGAAGAGGAUUAUGGGUACAGAAGCAGUCAGUGUGGCUGGGUGGCUCAUCGUAUUAGGAUACUGUUUCAGUGCAUAGAUGGGCCCAGCGAUCUGGAUCUGGUUUGGAACUUCUACUGCACCAGUGUUAACUGUGGCCAGCAGCUCUGCCAGGUAAUGUGUAAAUCAGAGCUGCUCAAUCCUGUUCCUGGCGAUCUGCUGUCCUGUAGGUUUUAACUGCAGCCCAAAGAAAGCACACCUCAUUCAACAGCUAGAGAUCUCAUUAAGCUGCUAAUCAGUAGAAUCAGGUGUACUAAAUUAGGAUUGAACUGAAAACCUACAGGGCAGUAGACCUCCAGGAACAGGGCUGGGCAGCCCUGGUAUAAGUGAAAGCCCAGGCCGAUUAUCGGCUGCUCAUAAACGACACCUAAAAAGAACCUAACCUCCUACUGGCCGUUAAAAUAUUGGGGACGGGUUGGAAAGGAUUCCUUGCAGUGCUGACAGACCCGCUCUUUGUUCCUGCCUACCCCUGCCUCGCCUCAUUUCAAAUGCAGAAAUUUCUCUGGGCAUCAGAAGGCCAGGCUGCUUUUCUGCGUGUAGAUAUAAAGUUACCAGACUGGUCCAGUUUAUUCAAAGGAAAGGAAAAAUGCACUUGUGUGGGAGAAUGGAGCUGUUCUUGAGAAGAAAACCUGAAUGUAAUUCCAUACCCAAGAUACGUUCCUGAGAUUCUAGAGCUUCACACAGCCAUUCCUGCAGACUGAAUGGCAAACGUCAGUCCACAUAUACGUUAGGCUCCAAGGAGCCCAGUAAUUAGAAACUCUCAAAGAGAUUUGGCAUCAGAGAGGGUAAAUACUUGGAGAAUGUUUCCUGAUGACUCAGUUCUUACUUAGUGAUGCUUUUCUUUCAAACUAUUUGUUAUUUUUCUGGUUGACGCUAAUAUCGCUUCUCAUUACCAUGCUACACUGUUCAUUUUGGCUGAACAAGCUGAGGAAAUUCACAGGCCAGCCAGUUCACAUUUUAAUGCAUAAUUAUUACUUUUUUUUUUUUUUUGAUGACAUAAAGACUAGCACCUGUAUUGGUGUGUACAAUGGAGCUUUGAUGGACAGGGGAGGGAGAAAUGGCCAGCUGUGUUAAUCUUAGUCUUUAUAAACUGUUGGCACUCAUAUCACUCAGGGUAGAGUCCACUGACAUCAUACCCUGAGUUCACACAUAAAAGUGGUCCGUCCACACCCAACGACUCCCUGGAAGUCCCUCUAGCUGCUGUCCCAGCCUAAUCUUGUUUUUAAGGAUGCCUGGGACACAGAAUUAAUUUAUUGCUAUUUAUUUUUUGUUUUGUAAAUAACAGAUGUAUAUGACUUCAGUAAUGGAAAACGAGGCUUUAGAAAAAAAUUAAACAUGCAUGGUAUAGCUUAGCAAAGAUGCUAAAGAAGUUAUUUGAUAUCCAUGUGUAAUUUGAGGAUGGAAAGCUCUUAAGGUUAUUGAACUGUCUGCUGCCAGAGUCUGUUCUACACCUUACAGGUGCAUUUGCUGUCAGGUUAUGACCAGUAAACACGUGUGAGUCUUUA